CUGAAUUGCCUUGCAAGCGCUGCAUCUAUAUGGUAAGCCUACUUCGCAAAAGCGUGUAAAUAGAAGACCCUUUUUUUGGAUUGUCUUGUUUUUUCAGGAAGAAAACCUUAGCACAAGGAGACAGAAAUAUGUAUUUGUAUAAUGAUGAUUUCUAGGAUAAAGUUUUUGUUUACAACUCAGGCUACUGUUAUUGUUUUUAUGAAGUCAACUCCCUUGAUUUGUGAUUUUAGUUCUCCUACAUCUUUCUAUUAAUGUUUGUUUUCUUGGUAUGUAACCAAAGCUUUAAGAAAGAAUAAUUAGUUUGUGUUGUAAAACAAGACUUAGAUUGCUUUUCAUUUGGAAAACUAUGGGUUCCAGUCAUGGAAAAUCUUCAACUAUGAGGGAUCGAUCAGUUGAAGGAACGGUAUCCUCAGAUGUAGUUGAGACAUUUGUGGCAGAAGAAAAGGAAGAAAUCCUUCACACCAGGAGAUGGAAACUGAAUCCAAGACUCAGCAGAGGAGUAACAAAAGGAAUAGAAGGUGAACUAGUUGUUGCUGGAUGGCCUAUUUGGCUUGUUGCAGCUGCUGGUAAUGCUUUAAAUGGAUGGCUUCCAAGAAGUAUUGAUACUUUAGACAAAAUAGAUAAAAUUGGCCAGGGAACUUACAGUAAUGUCUACAUCGCUCGCGAUUGUUUGCUCAAUAAGCUUGUUGCUCUGAAGAAGGUUCGUUUUGACACAUUUGAUCCCGAGAGUGUCAAGUUUAUGGCAAGAGAGAUCAUUAUAUUAAGAAGGCUUGGUGAUCACCCGAAUGUUAUCAAAUUGGAAGGUUUAGCCAUCUCAAAAAUGAAGUACAGUUUGUACCUUGUUUUUGAAUGCAUGGAAUAUGAUCUCAAGGCAAUUCAAGAACACAAAGGUGUCAAGUUUUCUGAACCUGAAAUCAAAUGUUACAUGAACCAGCUGCUUAAAGGGCUUGAUCACUGCCAUAGCCAUGGUAUCUUGCAUCGAGAUGUAAAAACUUCUAACUUAUUAGUUGAUAAAGAUGGUAUCCUAAAACUUGCAGAUUUUGGGUUGUCAACAUUUUUUGAUCCAGAACAAAGCAAGCCUUUAACUAGCAAAAUUGUGACUCUCUGGUAUCGGCCACCAGAACUUUUACUUGGAUCAAAUAGUUAUGGAGUUGGAGUUGAUUUAUGGGGUGUUGGUUGUGUACUUGGUGAACUAUUUACUGGCAAGCCUAUUAUGCCUGGUAAAACUGAAGUUGAGCAAUUGCAUAAAAUCUUCAAGCUCUGUGGUUCUCCAUCUGAUGAUUUUUGGAACAAAUCCAAAUUGCCUAAUGCAAAGAUAUUUAAGCCAAAAGAGCCUUAUAGACGGAUUCUUUACACGACCUUCCAUGAUCUUCCUGCAGCUGCUGUAGGACUAAUGGACACUUUACUUUCCUUAAAAGCUGAAUAUAGAGGGACAGCAGCUCUUGCUCUUCAGAAUGAGUUUUUCACAACAGAACCAUUUGCUUGUGAUACCUCAAGUUUGCCACAAUCCCCCCCCAGAGCAGAGAUUUAUGCAAAAAUGACUGAAAUCAAGAGGAGGGUCCGGAAUUAUGCACACGAUAGAAGUGUAAGGGCAAUUCCAGCAGCUGAAGCUAAUGCGGAAUUAAAGAGUAACAUAGACCGAAGACAACUCCUUACCCAUUCAAAAGCCCGGAAUAGGCUUGAAAAAACAAAUGAAUAUGUCUCAGGAGGUGUUCUAGAUGAAGGAACAAACUCUUCUGAAUGUUUUCAGGUGUCCAGCAGAAAAGAGGGCUCAGUGAAUUAUACUCAGAGAGAGAUAAGGAAAGAACCAAACCAUGAUAUCAAAGGAAAGAAGAAGUGGUCAGGUCCAUUACUCAGAGAGCACGACAACAUGAUUCUUGGGAAGGAAUCAACAGCUAAAGGGAAUGACCAUGACUCGAAGGGAAAGACAAAUCUAGGUCCAUCAACAUCGACUAAUGAUCAAAUAUUUACUCUAUUACCUGACAAAUGGACCAAUAUGCAGGGCUUACCAAGAGAGCAUAAGGCACGGAUCCUAAAAGAUGCUCAAUUGGUGAUGUCUGACAAGAAAAAAAUGUCGGAAGGGGAAGGUAAUAACUCCAACAAACUUAUUGAACAAUUGUUUCCUCCUGCAGAGUCAGAUGGCCUUGAUUUCCUGGAAGACAGCCAAUUUUUUUGUCCACUUCCAUUUACAUCAAAACCAAUUGAUGUGGAUCGAAUAAUUAGAGAGCACGACCGACAGAUCCAAGAAUCUGUUGAACGCGCCAAGCAACAGAAGAAACUAGCUAAAGCUCGGUAUUGAGGUAUGAAAACCAAUACAAGCUGCUUGGAUAUUCACUUUUUUUACAGAAAAAAGUACAUUCGGACCUGGUUCAAUAUAGUCUAUUUCCAGAAUGGGAAAGUGAAACUAAUUAUCCCGCUUACUGCAACAAGCACUCAGACUUUAU